AUGUCGCAGCUAAAGCUGGCUCCGGCCAGCUCGUCAGUUGUCACCAGACCUGGAAGGGAGGCCUUGGCCUGUUGGAUGCUUCGUCAGCUCCCGGACUACGCGGGCAGCGAGGUGACGCGGAGCAGAGAGCGGAGGAUCUUGGCCAAGAUGGACAUCGUUGUGGAUGUCGGCGACGUGUACGACCCUGCCCAGCUUCGCUUCGACCAUCACCAGCGGGGCUUCUUCGAAACCGCCGAUGGCAUCCCUGGUGCAGCAAAGGGACCAGAGGAGGCCACGGGGCGGUGGAAGACCCGACUUUCGUCCAGUGGCCUGGUGUACAAACACUUCGGGCGGGAAAUCAUCCAACAACUCGCUGACACAGAUCCCAAGAGCACGGAGCUUAUUUGGGCCGAGGUGUAUGACCGGUUCAUUGAGUGCAUUGAUGCCAUUGACAAUGGCGUCGAGAUGUGCGCAGUAGGCACUCCUCGCUUCAAGGACUGCACGGGCCUCUCGGCACGCGUGGCUCGGCUCAAUCCGCGCUGGAACGAGGCCUGCGAUGAUGAGAUUUUGCAAAGUCGCUUCGAAGCGGCGUCAGCGAUGUGUGGUGCAGAGUUUCUGGAAGUCCUCAGCGACGUGCUGGAGUCCUGGCUGCCCGCGCGGGCCUGCGUGGCUGAGGCAAUGGCUACCCGUGAGGAGGUCCACAGUUCUGGACAGGUACUCAGACUCCACUCCGGGAAGCUGCCGUGGAGGAGCCACGUCUUCGAUCUCGAGCGUGAGCUGCACCUCGAGGGCCACAUCAAAUUCCUCGUCUAUCCCGAAGAGGACCUCUUCCGAGUCCGCGCAGUUCCCAUCGAAGGUCGCUUCUUCACGAAUCGCCUCUCCUUGCCAGAGGCUUGGCGAGGCCUGCGAGACGACGCCUUGGUGCAAGCUAGUGGAAUCGAAGGAUCCUGCUUUGCCCAUGUCAAUGGCUUCAUUGGAGGGAAUUACACCCUGGAGGGCGCCAUUGCUAUGGCAGAUGCCAGCUUGCGAUCGAGCGUGGCGUAA